CCACACCCAGCCCGGACUGCCCCCGCUCCAGGCCCCCGCCGCGUCGAGCCUCCUGGUGACCCGGCCUCACCCGCUUCUGGGCACGCUCCCGCUUGUACAUCUUGGCUGCCUUCUUGUUCUGGUUGAGCCCCAGCUUGGUCGACUUGAAGGACUCCAGGCGCUUCCGCAUGGUCCUGUGGAAGAUUUCCCGGUCCUGCUUCUCGUCCUCCGUGGGCGUGAGCUCGUGCCGGCUGUACAGAUGCUUGUACUGCAGGGUUGGGCACGGAGGUCACAGCUGUGCCCAGCACCGGACACUCCCGCCCUCCUGCCGCAGGGGCUGAGCGCGGAUCCCCCAUGGUCCUGGGAGGGGACCAGGAGGCCACCCUACAGCGGUCCCUGCGGGCGCGUCCAGCCCCCAGCCUGCGGGGCCCACCUCCUGCCGCGGCUUGUACAGGUACUGCUGCAACGUGUGGUGCGUGACCAUGUCCUCCGCGUCCCGGAUGCUCCGCCGCCGCUGCUCCAGAGACUGCAUGUCCAGGCAGACGGCGCUGACAUUCUCUCUCCUGCACGGGGACCAGCGCUGAGCCACACAGGCUCCCUCAGGGGAAGCUGCAUGACCCUGGCCACGUACAGGAGGUAUGAGACAGAGGCCUCCACGGUGGAUGAUCGUGGCGUGAAGUCCACGUUGACCAUGUUGUCAGUGCUGGGGGAGCGGAUGAAGGCCAGGGACCCACGGCGCUCUCCCUAUGGUCAGGAAGCAGCCCGCUGCAGAGGGGAGGAGAUGCCAAAACCAGGAGAUCAGAUUUUGAGCCUCUGUCCAUCUGUCUGAGGCCACAGCCAGACCGCUGCCUGAACUGGGCAGAGGUAAUGCUUGUGGGAGGACACAGUGGUCUGAGUGUGAAGGGGUAAAGCUGCCUAGGACUUGGGGGGUGUCUGGGGAAACUGCUGAUAUGCAGAAUCAGAAGUGGCCCCUGUCCCUGCCAGAGGCCCUAAAACCCCAUUGGCCUCAUGUCCAGAAAUGAAUCAGUUCGAGGGAACGGAGCAGAGCCUGAUGGGGCACAGAAGCCGCACAGCCGAGUGCCAGAGGACGGGAGUGGGGCCGCCUGUGUGUCCUCAGACCCCACCCACCUGAUGGCAGGGCCUGGAGAGCGUGAGGCUGUGGAGGAGUGCAGGGCAGGGUGGGCGUGUGGCUGCAGUCAGGGUCUCCAGGGCCAGCGGGGGCACAGGUGUGGAGGGAACGUCAGCUCACUGCGCUCAGACCUCGCCAGGUGGGCACCCGCGCCGCCUUGCAGCAGCAGGACGCUCCCAGGAGAGCCCCCGGGGUCGGGUGGGGGCCGCUGCUCCCACUGAACAUGUGGCCCCCACUUCACUGCCCACUCUGGGGCGCUCUGCCUGCUAUUUUGCUUCUAAAUCCAGCGUCUUCUGUAUGACCUUUGUCCCUCUGUCCCUCUCCUGCCACCCCGUGAAGACACGUGAGGGUCGGGGGAGCCACAGUGCCAGCUGCCACUCUGGGCAGGCACAGGCGAGGGCUGGAGCACCUGGGCACAUGGGGUCUUUGGAGGGGCUGUUCCCCACACCACUUCCCCUGCCCCUGCCGAGCCCCACACUGUGGGGCGGGGGGGCGCAGGGGGAGAGAGCAGCUGCCCUGUGUGAGAGCCAGGAGGGACAUCGGGCAAGCGGACGCCACCCCAGGUGUGGAGACCCAGGCUACUGAGUGACCAGGAGGCACCCACGGGCUCCCCACAUGCAGCUGAGCCCAGGGUCGUGGUCAUGGGUCAUGGGUCAAGGAUGGUGGCUGGUGGGGUUGGGGGAGAGGUUCAAGGCCCGCCUACUGACCUUGUCACCCAUGUGGGGGUGAGGGAAGCCCGCCAGAGGCUAGAGCCCCCACUGCCCCUUCCCACUCUCCAGCCAGGCUCCAGGCCUCCUAGGCCAGGGUAUCUGAACUUUCUCUCACUUGCCGGUCCUGUGGUUUGGGGGUUUGUGUGGAGCCUGGUCCAGGGGCCCUCCUUCCUGAUCUGCACUGGCUAGCCCUCCUGACAGCCCCAGGCCCCUAUGCCCUCUGCCAGGAGGCGCCUUGCCACGCGGCGUGGCCCCAGUCAUGGGUGGCACAUCUGGGGUGAAUGCACGUCAGUAGAGGCAGAAUCAUCCUAUCUGAAUGAAUGGAGUUUCCCGGCCCCCGCCGGCCCUCUGUGUGAGGGUCUGCAGGGUUUGGCAGGCCAGGCCUUUCCCUCUCACGAGAGCACCAACCCCCACCGGCUGCUGGACGAGGGCACCAAAGCUCGCUAGGGAGGACUCUGUCCUUAGGGAGGAGCCGCAGGGCCCAGAGGGAGCAGAAUCCCUGCAGCUGUGCCCCAGGCCCUGCGUUGCGCAAUUCCUGCAGCCAGAGCGCCCCUGGGGAGGUCAGGGCAGGUCGGGGAGGCUGAGGCCCACCUGCCAUGGUAGGCAGGUGCAGGAGCCAGUGGCAGCAGUGGCCCCGGGUCUGGGUGGGGCCCCUGGCCUCUGGUCUCUGGAGCAGAUGGGCUCAGAGUGGACUGGGAGAUGCUGGGGCAGCCUCAAAGCCACGGCCGGCCCACAGCGGGAGACAGCCCUGCUGCUGCCCCUCCGCCUGUGCUUGUGGGUCUGUGGGCACCUGUGUGGGCUGGGGCAGGCCCAACUGUGUUAGGACCAGGUCCCAUAACAGCCUGCCUGCUUACCGUCCACUCCCAUCUCCAGGGAAAGCAAGAGAGCGCAGGGUCCUAGGACCUAACCUCAGCGCUCACCCCCCACCAGCGCCGCAGUCACCAGGACUCUGUGACUCAGUUUACCCCACGUGACAGCCAGCUGGGAUUCCCAGGGCAUCAAAGGCCCAUCAGCCUCCUGUGAACUUCUGGGGUGGGCCUGGCCUUGGGACACCGGUGCAGGGGCCUCUCCUCACUGCCCCCGUGGCGCCCACAGCCAGUGCCCGAGCCUGCUGCACCCCGACCCGACAGAGGGAGCAAGCGGCUCAGCUACCUCAGCCACGUAGCUGAUGGCGUCCUUCAGGUUCAGCUCGUGGAAGACAUUCAGGAUCCGGUCUCGAGACUUCUGGGCCGACCGUCUCAUGAGGACCCUGCUGAGGAACUUUCUGUCGAAGUGGGACCACCUGUAGGGACAGACCUCAGGUGUGAGCCUCAGGCAACAGGCGCCCUGGAGCCCAGACCGUGGCCGGCCACUUCUCUCCUGAAUUGUAUUUGCUGUAACGACCCUGCAGGCGCAUUUAAAAUGAGGGAAGCAGCCUCUGCCACGCGCCCAGGCAUUCCACUUUCCAGCGGCCGCCUCCUCCAGAGGGUGGCUCAGGAGAGGGUGGGCAUCAGGCCUGGUCGGGCAAGGGGGCUCCAGCCACGUGGGGGGCACUUUUCAGCUGCACAGGAGGAAAGGCAGGGGCAGACAGACGCCCUGAGCCCUUAGACUUGCGAGAGCCAAGCUGACCAGAGUGAGGUUUUUUAGCCUAACAGAAUUAGAGUAUUUGCCGGUUAUCCGGAUCAGAAGGGAUGGUGGCCUGACUGGACGUAGAGGAAACUCUGGCGCACAAGGAGGUGAUGCCUGUCACUCUUGAACAUGGGCACAGCUGCCAGAGCUGCUCCCCGGGGCAGAGGGUGGGCCCCGGUGAGCUUGUGUGCUCACACCUGGGCAGGCCCCGUGGCAGCAAUGGCAGCUCUCCUGUGCAGGUUGAGUUUCAGCCACACCAAGAAGUCAAAGCUAACUGAGGCCUGCCUUCUGAGACCCCUGGGAUGGCCCCUGGGAGGCCAAGGAGUCGGGUACUGGGUACCUGGAGCAGAGUCACUGUGGCCACGGAGAACCGCAGCUGAGCUUUGUGAAGCCACGUGGCCACACCUCCCAGUGCCUCCUCCCCCACCAAACACAGACCACUCAGAUAAUAGGAACCCAGGGCAAAUUGUAUGUGCUACUUACUGGGUUUAUUAUAAGUGUCAAAUGUAUUUUAUAAUAAAACAUAGGUGAUUUCAGCUUAA